AUAAGAUGUCAUAUUCGUCAAAAAGAUAACAAACAUAACAAAUCGGUUUGUUUGUUUGGUGCUCUCCUAAAAUUUAUUAUAGAUUCUUAGACAAAGUACAAAUAAAGUUAAUUAUGGCUCAAAAAGAACAACUGUCGUUAUCAUGGUGUGGUCACCAGAAGAACAUUUGCAGUGGAUUGAGCGUUUUGCAGCAACGAGGAGAGUUUGUAGACAUGACACUGGCUGCCGAUGGAUACCACGUGAAAGUGCAUCAAAUGGUUAUGUCACUAGUAAGCCCAUAUAUCAAGGAUCUGAUAUCUACAGCGCAGUGUCCACAUCCAAUCAUAUUUCUUAAUAACAUUUCAUACACAACGCUACGUUCUAUAUUGGAGUAUGUGUAUACGGGAGAGGUGCUUGUGCCUAAAGACAGACUGGAUGAUCUAUUAGCUGCAGGAAAAGCAUUACACAUCAAAGGUCUCAGGGAAAUGAACAAUGACCAGCCUUCAGAUCCACCAGAAACUCACAUAAGUCCACAGAAACCGAAAAAUAUGUUUGAAAAUUUGAAAGCUUACAGAGAUAAGAAAAAUGCAAAAUCUGAUGAAAAUAUUGCAGCUCCACAACCUGUACAUGAAAUAUUCCUAAAUGAAGAUGAAGAAAAUGGUACAGAACAAGAUAGUAUGACUAUGGAAACACAGGAUAAUUCAACUGAUGUAUGUGACUUUACUAUGGAUGCUGAUAUCAGUGAGACUGAAAAUAAACCAGACUCUGAUAAUAGGAAAGAAAUUAUUGUUGCUGAACCACCCGACAUGGCACGGAAGGCGUUAAUGAGCCAGAAGUUGCAGUACUCAUUCUCAAACCAGGGCGGUCUGCAAGUCAUUCACAAUAGGUUUAUAUACCAUUUGAGAUAUCUUCGCAAAACGACCCGACAUAAAUUCUGGCGCUGUGUCGACUAUCAAACAGUGAAUAUUAAAUGUCCGGCUAAUAUCACCACUGACGAUAAUAAUCAGGUCUCGAAAAGGUCCUUCACACACAACCAUCCAUUCCACGACAAUAAAAUUAUAAAGAAAAUUCGAAACGGUACCAUUUAUGCUGUAUACCAAGAAGCUGAAAAUAACGCCGAUAGUAAAAAGAAACAGCGCAAUGUACCAAUUCAUAUAUCGGAAUCUGAAUAAUAAAGAUUUCUAUGGUAA